AUGGAGGAAGAACGUUGCAGCAUCGGGGCUAUCCGUGCAGAGAUCACGGAGGUGCCUCUGGUGCCGACAGCGCAUGCUGCUAGCCAGCAUCCAGCGGAUCAUGUAGACCCAGUUAUUGCUUCGGACUCGAAAGGAUCUCAAGAAGACCAGAAAAACUUUGAAUCUUCGCUGUCCCAAGAGAAGAAACAGCAAGACAACGGCAAGGAAGCGCAGGGAGGCGGCUCCCCCGCAACUACACUGCAAGAACAGGUACCUGCGGUACCUAUGGACUCCGAGGCCAAGCAGGACAGUGGAACCCGAACGGCCAGCCAAGUGGGCUGUUUUGGAUCAGGGACUGAGGCGAUUGCAGCCACAUCGGGGGACACGGCAAUGGAUGUUGAAGGGGAUGCGGGGGACGGCGCCACUCCACCUGAGUCAUCGGAUAUGGGGUCUCUGCCUAACGGAACGGCAGAGGCAGCAACGGAUAUUGCUACUGUAGAAGCAGACGCCGUGGCAACCGAAACGGGCGAUAUGGGCGCUGUUGCGAUGGACGAGGUAGGAGACACGGUGGAGGCGGAGAGCGACGGCAAAGAGAGCAAUGACAGCGUUUGUAAUGAAUGCGGUGGUGGUGGCGAAGUUGUGUGUUGUGAUGGAUGUGUUAAGUCGUACCAUACAGACUGUCUGCCUGUGGUCGCAAGGCCGCGACUUCGAGCAAGUGCAGAUGAUUGGUUUUGCCCAGAGUGCACUGCAGCCAACGCAGCGCCCCCUCCAACGGCCGCUGUUUCGUCAACUGCUUCCGCCAAGCUACCUCAAGCGCCGUCAGACCACCGUAGUUCGAGGCAGAGCACUGCUGUAGCCCCUCCUCCGGUGUGUCCUCCUUCCGCCCCAACCGCUCACUGGUCCUCUGUGCCAUCUUGCGUCCCUUCAAGGCGUAGAAAGGCGAAAGUGACGGAAGACUAUGAGACCAGAAUAAACGUGGGGCCAAACCACCAGGUGCCGCAUCUGCCGGAUUUUUUUUUGGCUCGGGGAGAUAGUGACUGUUUGUCCACGCUUGCUGAACACUCGCUUAACGAUGGCGCACAAAGUCAGGCACUGGGGCCGCUGCUUGUCUAUUCGCCCUACCUAAUGGAGCGUUCAAAACAGCAAUGCCUGGCAGAAAGAGCGACGAAGUCAUGCAUCACGUCACAGAAGGAUCUGGCGGAGUUUCUAAUCAAGUGCUCAAAGAGGUGGAAGGUUCGCCCUGGAUGGCAGCCAUUCUCCCCAGAAUUUGCUUACAAGCUACUACAUCGUGCAAACUACGACCCCGAGAGAGCUUUGAGAAUGAUGGACGACUCCGCAUUUUGCUUCCAAAGCGUCUGCGAUCCUCCACUACGAAAGUACGAAAACAAAUGGAAGCGAAGGGACAAGCGGGGGACGUUCCCGAGCUCGCCAUAUCCUCCCCCAGUGGUGGUGCGUGGCUAUUUGAAUGAGAAGCAGAAGCAGUUGCGUAUGGGCCGAUGA